AUGGUGCGACAGGUGUCGGAGUACACGCGCAUGCUGGCGGAGGCGUCGCGGAAGCUGAGCAUGUGCGCGCAGUCGACGCGCAUCGAGGCGGCGAAGCUGAAGAAAGUCGCGCGGCUGCAGCAAGCUGCGGAGGUGCGCCGCUUGGGGGAGAUGCGCUUGGCGGCGGCGGCAGAGGCGCGCCGGCAGGAAGAGGAGCGGCGUCGGGAAAGCAUGCGCGCGGCCGCGGAGUGGCAGGCGGAGAGACUCGCCGCGCAGCAACGUGCUGCGGAAGCGGCAGCGUCUCUCUCCACAAGCGCAGCCCCGGCGGAAGCGGGGGCAGGCAGAAACGGGGCGUUGGUGCAGGGCAUGGAGAGCGUGGGGUCGUCGCAGGGGAGGGCGGACCUGCAAGGAGGUGGCGCUGCCAGUGUUGAUGCGGCGCAGGCUUCCACCCUUUCUAAUGCUGCAGCAGGGCAAGCAGCAGCAGUAGCAUCGCCUGAAGUCGCUGGGUCACCACCAGCAGAAGCAUCAACCCCUACAGCACCACCAGGCGUAGUGGUGGCUGCAGCAGCAGCAGCAGCAGCAGCAGCGGCUGCUGCUUCCUCCGCUGCGCCCGCGCGUGCAGUGGACGGUGCUGCGCAGGUGACCGAGCAUGCAGCUGUCGCCGUCACAAGGGGACCACAAGCGGAAGAAUCAGAAGUAGAGGGCGACAGUGGGUCGGAGUGGAGCACAGAGGCAGUGCAGGCAGAGGAGGAGGAGGACUCAUCCGUGGUGACAGAGACGACGCAGUGCUCCAUCGACCAUCCAGGCGCGCUCUCGUGCCUCACCACGACCAUCCGCAAGGACGACCGCAACCGCCAGGCCGUGGUGACCCUGGAGGCCACCGUGCAGUGCGCGGGCGACGCGUGCCUCACGUCCGCGCCCUCCCUGGGCGCGGACGACUACGCCGCGCUGGCCAUCGCCACUAUCGCGGACGCCGCCACGCAGAUGCGGCGGGAGCAGCGGUUGCAGCCGGGCGGCGAGGCGGGGGACCCGGUGGCGAGCGAGAGGAGGAGGAGGAUCGAGGAGCUGCUGGCCAAGGGGCACGUGGUGAAGGCGCGGCCUGUGGAGCCGCCGUCGAGGUUCGGGCAUGAGAGCUUCCUUGUGCGCCUGCGCUCACCAGACACGAAGGAAGAGAUCGACGCCAUGUUCAAGCCGCGGGUGGAGGGCGAUGCUGAGGGGUGGCACAGAGCGCCGAUAGAGUGGGUGGCGUACGAGCUCAACCUGCUGCUGGGCAUGGACUACAUUCCCCCAGUGGCGUACCGCACAGGCGGGGUGGAGCUGACUCUCAGCCGCUCGUCUGACCACAGCAACUCGCAGCACCACCACCACGAGCAGCACCAGCAGCAGCAGGAGCAGCACACGGUGCGGUACGAGGAGGGCGCGUUCAUCUACUGGGUGCCGCACACCAAGGAGCUGCGCAAGGUGGCGGCGGCAUCGUGGGGCGUGUCUGUGGCGCACCUGCUGAGUGACACGCGCAUCCUGGACGUGCUGCUGAAUAACAGCGACCGCCACCACGGCCACUUCCUCUUUGGCCAGCACUGGACGGACGGCACCAUGCGCCCCGUGCUCAUUGACCAUGCUGCUGGGUUUCGCCGGGAGGCGGUGGUGCUGAUGGAGCACGAGAACGCGUUUCAGACGGGGUCCAUCCGGUGUGUGAGUGCGCACACGUACCUGCGCCUGCGCUUCCUCGACCGCUCUAUCCUCGCCCUCAAGUUCAGCGGCAUGCUCAGCGAGCAGGAGAUCACCGACCUCAUCACCCGCAGGGACCAGGUACUGAGGUAUCUGGACCACCUGGUGAAGGAGAGGGGCUACCAGCGCACUGUCGUGGAUUAG